AUGUGUUCUGAAUGUGGGAAGUCCUUUACCCAGAAAUCAAAUCUUGUAGCUCACCAGAAGAUUCACACGGGGGUUCGUCCAUUUUCCUGUCCUGAGUGUGGGAAGUGUUUUAAACGAAACACCCAUCUUGUCAUCCACCAAAGGGUCCACACAGGGGAGAAGCCGUAUUCAUGUCUGCAAUGUGGAAAGUCUUUUACUAGGAAACCCAAUCUCAUCUCUCACCAGAGAAGGCACACAGGAGAGAAGCCUUAUUCCUGCCCUCAGUGUGAGAAAGGCUUCGCCCAUAAAUCCGUUCUCAUAACCCAUCUGAAGAACCACACUGGGGCAAAGCCUUUUUCCUGCUCAGAAUGUGGUAAGACCUUCAAGUUCCAGGCAAGUCUCACCAAGCAUCAGAAAACCCACCAAGGAGGGAAGCCAUAUUCUUGUUUGGAGUGCGGACAAUGUUUUGCAACAGAGUCACACUUCUUGAGGCACAUGCAGAUACACCCUAGUUCGGUGACAUAUUCAAGUUCCGAAAGUAGACAGUAUGUUAAAUCAGACUUUGUAAAGUGUGAGAUGGUUUACAACUGA